GCAAAGCGUUCGACAAAAAGGUCCGUGAAGACCGAGGAGCGUAUUGCCCUGGCUGCUGCCAUUAACGAGCUAGGGUUCGAAGUGAUGCCUUGUUCUUUUUGUUUUUCUCGCGGCCUCUGCUGCCGUAUGAUAGAGAGUUCUUCUCGUUGCGGUGAAUAUGUUCAUCACGGGAGGUCGUAUGACGGUUCUAGGGUUCUAGUCUUGUCUUUAUCCCGUAUUAUAGACGAAUCGAAGCGCCUCGACCGAUUAAAACAAGAUGCUAAGGAGGCUCUCCGUGCUGACCGCGAUUCAUUAGCAAAAGCGUAGCGUCGUCUAGACGAGUCUCUAGCUUGUUUAGACCGUAUUCGUCGUCAAAAGCGAUCGUUGUUAUCUUGGGGGUCGGAGAUGGUU